AUGAUCGACAAAUCGACAGAGACUCUCAUCCAAACUCCUAUGAUAACUACUCCCCGACAAUCACAAUCUCCAACAAGGAACCUCGAAGAGAAAAUUCCCGCGAUCAUCAGAGAAACCCCCGUCGAAGACGAAGAUCCUCCAACUCCAACGCCCAUCUACAACCCGAGUCCCUCUCCGUCUCCUCCUCCACUUCCAUCCCCUCGACCCUCUAUCGAAACACCAGAACCUCAACCCCCAGCUGAAACAGCGGAACCGCAGAUACAAAACAAAGACAAGGAAGGAGGCGUUCUAGAAAUUUAUCCCGCAAAAACAGAAUCCGACCUUAUCACCGUACUCCACUUAAUAACAGACAGCAUCGCGCAACAAAGUCAAAUAGCCACGAAAUCCAUCCUCUACAAUCCACUUUAUUGGCUUCUAAUGGUCUGUCUAUUCCAAUAUCUCUACCAAGCUCUUUACUACGACACUGUGGAUUGGAUCAUUAUUCUUGUUUUGUGGUCAGCAAUUUUAUUGUGCAGUAGAAGUGGUGUGAAGAUCUUGGUCAGUGGGUAUAUUGAUGAAGCGGAGAAAGUGGGGAGGUGGAGUUGGUUAUUUGGGGUUGAGUGGAUCACGAAAUUUGAAUCGGAUCGCUAUCAGCAUUCUUUUAUUGAUCGUUCCGGUGCUUUUGAUUUGAGGACUUUGGUCUGGGUUUCUCUACGAGAACUUUGGGUGCGUGUUCCUGGUGGUGAGGUUCGAUAUGCCGAGGACUGGAUGAAAGUUCGGAAGAAGAAGAGGGAUGCUAAGAGUCGUAAAAAUUGGAGACGAGAUUCCGAUUCUCCGAUGAUAGGAUUGGGUUUAUCGACGAAAGGGAGAAGUGAUUGGGAGAAAUAUAGUGAUGCGGAAAGUAUUCAAGUUGCUGCGUCUGAACCGACAAAUGAUAUGGAAAUUGAGGGUCUUGCGGAUGGCUGGCUUCGUGAUAUGAUCUUCGUUGCGGCAUUCAAAGGAAAGAUCGCUGCUGCGCUGGUUAUGAGAGCGAUACCCGUUGAUAUGGAUGUCGUUGGUACAGCACAUGCUUCUGCUCCCUUGUCUUCUGGGAUGGGACAAUAUGUGCCGGGACAUGUUUACCGAUGGAAGGCAGUUAUUCGAGCAUGGACUGUUCAGAAAGGAUAUCGCGGUUUUGGCAUUGGGAGGAAUAUUCUGCAGUAUGCGGUCGAGUAUACGGUGGAUCGAGGCUGGGAAGGACCCGAGUUUGCGGUCGAUCACGCCAAUUCGCUGCGCCUGUUACCAGCUUUCUUGAAUGGAAAGGUGGACCGCAUGGAAAUGAAAGCGAGAGAGAUGCUUGCCGACGAUAUUCAGACAUAUAAGCGUCUUAUUAGGAAUAGAUAUAAUUGA